AUGGCGUCCAUGGACACAUCGAGAUCCACAUCAUCAAAUGAUUAUUCUUUAACCAUGGAUGACUUCAAGUCGCAGCCACUUGGAUCUAGUGAUUAUAAAUCAAACGAACCUGCAGUUUAUAAUCCAUCAAGCGACGAGUUUCAAUUUGUACAACAAUCACCAAAUUUUGGGGGUAACAAAAUUGAGGGCACAAUGGAUAUGGCUGCUGAAUUGACACCAUCAGAUUCUGCUGCAUAUGGAGUGAGGCCUCGAGGUGCAGCAUCUCAGUUUCUAGAUAAAAAAGGGUUCUCCUGGCUGUUGGAGGAGGAAGAUUUGGAUGAGGAAGAUAAACAACCAUUGUUAGAGGCACUUGAUAUAGAUCUGAAAGACAUUUACUAUAAACUCCGUUGUGUGCUGUUUCCUCUGCCUCAGCUUGGCUUCAACAGACAUGUAGUGAGAGAAAGUCCAGACUUUUGGGGACCUCUGGUGGUCAUCCUCCUGUACUCACUAGUAUCACUGUAUGGACAAUUCCGGGUGGUAUCUUGGAUCAUCACCAUUUGGAUAUUUGGCUCCCUCAUUAUAUUUCUGUUAGCCAGGAUGCUUGGAGGUGAAGUAAGCUACUCACAGUGUCUGGGUGUGAUUGGCUACUCCGUCCUUCCAUUGGUUAUCACAGCUUCUGUCCUUCCCCUGUUUAGAUCUCUGCACUAUCUCGGCUUGCUAAUAAAGCUGUGUGGUGUGGUUUGGGCAGCAUAUAGUGCAGGUACAUUAUUAUGUGUCCAGGAACUCCAACACAAACGACCUCUACUUCUGUACCCUGUAUUCCUCCUCUACAUCUACUUCCUGUCACUCUACACUGGAGCCUGAACCUUUCAUCAGGAUCAGAGUUGUUGUUUCCUCCUUGUUUGAAACAAAUAGGAACUAAAAAUAUGGAGAACAUGAUUCCCGGCAUAAAAUUAGUGUGACACUGAGGCAGGUCCAAGGUCACCAUAAGAUGUGUGAUAAAACUAUUAACGACUAUCAAAAUCUCAUGUCAGAAUGAUAUGAUGGUGAUAAGUUAUAAUAUGUUGAUAUUAUCUGGUUACAUUGUAUGUAUUUGACCAAACGCGUCACACUGUGUGUUACUCUAAAAUUGUUACAUGUACCUAAUAUUUUUACCUGAUAUCAUGGGAUGAUCCUAAUGAUGUAGAAAAAACCAUGCAAGAAGGAAAUGUUGAGGGCUAAGUUCAUGUACUACAUCAUGAAAGUAAUUUUGGUGUAGAAAAACUUUCCCCAAACACCUCCUGAAGGAUUAACUAGAUCACCAGAUUUAAACUUGUCACUAAUUCAACAUAUUUGGUCUUGUUCCAAAUGCUAAACAGAUCAACUGCUUAACAGAUAAACAUAAUGUUUCUUGUUCCAAUAUACUGGUCAGAAUAACUGAAUUUAUGGGAGGUGGUGAGUUCUGCAAAUAUCUGUGAUAUCAAGUUUGCAAGCGUACUUAGUAGAAAAACAUAAAUGAUGUGCAUAUUACAUUAAAUUACAUUGUAUGUAUAGGUACUGUUUAGAUUCACGACUGCAUGAUGUGCUUACAAAUAUAUAAGUGCAUGUAGUUUAAAGUUUGACUGUGUGAAUGAUGUGUGUAGAGAAUAAGAGCCUUUCUGUAUAAAGAUUCGUUUGUAUUUAAUGAUAGGUAGCUUUUAAAAUAAUCAAACUGUGUGUAAAUUAAUCUAGAAAUUGAAAUUUGGUUCUAGAUUGUCCCUGUGUCAAAUAAAUAAAACAGUUCUUGCAGGGGCAGUGUGCUAUAAAAUUUCAAACAUAUUGUAGUUUUAAAAUAAUUUUGUACGAAACAACCACAUGUAAAGCUUCUUAUUCCCAGGCUUGGUGUCAGAAAAAGGGUGAAUAAUUCUGGUGUAUUAAUGGUUCUACUGACAGGUGUUAGUUGGCUAUGGGCUCCUUAUAUUUACACAAUAUCAAUAAUGGUGCACUGAUUCAAAAAUACAACAUCUUAAGUUAUGGAAAUCACUAAAACAUGAAAAACAAUGUUUUAAUUAUUCUAAUUAGUUCAAAAACAAGAUCGUAUCACUUAAAUACUGUCAUUAACUUUUGCUAUUACAUAUAUGUAAUGUUACCAUUCUUAUCCUUCCACUUCUUCAUUAGCUGCCAUCUUGGAUGUUGCUAUUCUUGUCUUUCCAGACUCGCAGAUUAGUGGUUAAAUAAUUACAUACAUUAGUAUUGCAAAUAACUAUGAAAUGAAUUUGGCAUGUUAUUUAUAUGACAUAUAUGAUGUACAUAGUAUAAGAUGUUAUAUGAUACCUGUACACAAGAACUUUUUUUAAGAAAAUAAUUAUGUAUCAUUUAUCAUACAUUGAUAUGCGAAUGAUGUAUUACAUCUAGUUACUGAUGGACAAAUAGUACAUAUUAUGAAUGUAUGUAUUACAUAUAUAUGAAUACAAUUUGUUGCCAUCAAAUAUUGUUUUUGUCAGUUAUUAUAAUGAAAAUAAAUGUGUACAUAAUUAUGUAUGACAUUAUUUUUGUACAAUACUAUUAAUAUUACAUGGUACAUGUAUAAAG